AUGAAGAAUGUUUUGUUGAUUAGUAGGUUAAAAUUAAACUCUGGUAUCUAUAACUUUAAGAGUAUUAUCAUAUUAUUAUAUACUGCCAAAAGGUUAUUGACGGCUAUUGUCGCGUUUUUGUUUAAGCUGAGAAAAUUUGCAGCCAUUGCCGAGUUAUGGUUAUUAACGGUUAGAGACGGAAACACUAAACCAACUCUAUAA